AGAACCCCCCUUGUCAACCAGAGUAGAAACACUGUUUAAAUAGUAACAUUUCUGCAGAAAUGCUGUCCUCAGAUUAUGACCCGGCCUCUCUGCCAGAUCUAUUACCGCUUUAUUACCGACGACUGUUCCCAUUCUCUCAAUAUUAUCGAUGGUUGAACUACGGAGGAGUGCAAAAGAACUACUUCCAGAAUCGAGAGUUCUCCUUCACUUUAAAAGAUGACAUCUACGUUCGCUACCAGUCGUUCAACACACAGAAUGAGCUGGAAAAGGAAAUGCAAAAAAUGAAUCCAUACAAGAUUGACAUCGGUGCAGUAUACAGUCAUAGGCCCAAUCAGCACAACACUGUAAAAUCUGGAACCUUCCAGGCUCUUGAGAAAGAACUGGUUUUUGAUAUUGACAUGACUGAUUAUGACGAUGUCAGAAGCUGCUGCAGUGCUGCAAAUAUUUGCUCCAAGUGCUGGACACUGAUGACGGUGGCUAUCCUUAUCCUCGAUCGAGCUCUUCGAGAGGACUUUGGUUUCCAACACCUCCUAUGGGUGUAUUCUGGAAGAAGAGGGGUGCAUUGCUGGGUAUGUGAUGAUGCUGCCAGGAAGCUCUCUGCUGCAGCCCGCUCUGCUGUGGCAGAGUACCUCAGCCUGGUGAAGGGUGGGGAAGAGACUGUGCGAAAGGUUGUACUCACUGAUCCAAUUCACCCUUUCAUCCAAGAGUCUCUGGCAGUGGUGGAGCGAUACUUUCCUCAAUAUGCAGUACAGGAACAGGACAUACUGGGUAACAAGGAAUCUAUAGACAAAGUGCUGGCACUUGUUCCUGAGGAUGUUAGAAGGGAUCUGCUGCAGGAUUUUCAGAUUGAGAAAAACCCUGAAAAGCGCUGGAAACGACUCAGGGUCCUGGCUGAAAACAAACGGACUACGGCCAAGAAAGGUCACUACUUUGAGCAAGAAAUAAUGUUGCAGUACUGUUACCCACGUCUUGACAUAAACGUCAGUAAAGGGGUGAACCAUUUACUGAAGAGCCCCUUUAGUGUUCAUCCCAAAACAGGGCGCAUUUCAGUUCCCAUUAACUUAAUGGAAUUGGACAAGUUUGAUCCUUUCGAUGUGCCCACAAUCAGUCAGAUCUGUGCAGAAUUGGAUCGGCCAAGGCAGGGUGAAGAAGAGGAAGAGAAUGAGGAUACCAAGGAGAACGAAAAUGAGAAGGAUGUGGCAGAGAGACGAAAGAUUAGAGAUUACAAACGAACUAGCAUGGCAAAGUACGUGAAAUACUUUGAUCAGUUUCUGGAAGGAAUGGCUCAGUCACGGAAAGGAGAACUUCUAAGAAAGAGUGAUCUUCAGAAGGACUUCUGAAUUGGUUCAUAUACUGUCAGAAUGCCAUAAACUUUGGACAAUGCAAUGUUCACAUACUUAACAACUGUGGCAGAUACAGGUUACAUAGAAAUUUUCUUUUAUUGUUGAGUUUUGUGCUGUGGCGGAGAUGCUGUCCUUUUUUUUUCUUGAUCAAGAUAACUUCCUAUUUUUGGCUUUGGUAAAAUGCUACACCUACAGUGACAGUCUAAUAUCAAACUGAGAUGUUCAAUCUCUAUGUAUAAUUAUAAUCCUACAGUAUGUCUACCUAAUAUUAUUUUACUUGUGUAUGGUUUUACAUUAAUCAAUUUGAAAAUAAAUGA